UCUUCGACUUGCUACAAACGUUAGCAUCUUGCUUGUCUUAACUGUCCAUAUUUUACUAAUCUCUAUGUUGGUUCAAUGACUACACCCUCUGUACUGUUUCUUAAGUGAUUAUGUUGAUGAGUAAAUUGCCUGUGUGGCAAUUUCAAUACAAAGAGAGAACAGAACAUACAAAAACCAGGUCUCUGACAUUUGGGAUUCUUAACCCAGUUACACCUGCUGUGCAAAUUUCCAUUGCCAUGACACUGAGAUAGGGGGAUGGGGGGAGGGGUGGCACUAAAGUAGUGAUGUCAUUGUCUCGCUUUCUGGCAGCUCACGCAGACAAAACACGGCAGAUUCUUUCGCAUUUGCCUUCCUGGGUUAUUACCAGCAACAGUAAUUAUGCAGGCUGUCUGUGCACAGAGAGCUCUCAAAGAGGAACUACAUUUUAUUCACGGAGGGAGACUGGCUGGUUAACUAGAGUGGGUGGAUCAGAGAAGGGAGCCAUUUGUGUGUCCACGCAAUGCCCUUUGCAGAAGGUUUCCUUUAGUCAGGCAGUCAUGGUUCAGAUAGGUCCUCCGCAGUGCUGUGCAAAGGCUCUGAUGUGGUGCCCUUGUUAUCUCACUCUGUUCUCUACUUGAGACCUAUUGUUGUCCAAAUUCCUCCAGGAAAAGAAACACAGGCAUGAAAACAUGUUUUAUUCUUGCAGAAAUUGACCAGAGUAGGCCACUGUAAGGCAUGAACAAUGCAAGGCCACCAUUUCAACAAAACAAAAUCCAGUAAAUGCAAUUUGAAAGUGGAUUGAUAGUGUCAGUUUGGCAUGUUCAGAUUAUGUUUGCUGAAAUUUCCAGCAUAUUAAAGUGUUAACGGUAAUUUCAUUUGCUUUCCAUCCCUCCCUGUUCCAGUAUGUUCUGCACCAACCAUGGUUUUGAUUACAUGCAGACGAAGUAGUGAGAGAAAAUGUAAGGGAAUGUUUUAUGGAUAAGUGUUCUUUGGGGAUCACCUGUGAUGAGAUAAAUUAGUAAUGUUAGCUCCUGUCCUUGGUCUAAUGAGGGAAGGUGACCUUUCUAUUACCUACAUUCUUCACCUCUACCAAAACUCCCCCUGCUUUUGCCUCCCACCAUCCUAAUGGCUCUAUCUCCAUGCUGGCCCCAGUACGGGCCACUUGCACAGUGUUUGAGAGAGGGAUCCCAGUUUCCAUGACGACUCAGAACCAACCGUAGAGAUGGAUUGCUGUUUGGCCGGCCUCGCCCAGCCCUACCUUACAAAGUGUAAUGAAAUACAGCUGCCAUUAGCCGAGGAGUUGCAAACAAGUGCGCCUUUUGGCUGGAGCUGCCUGGCUGGGUGUGAGUAUCCCAAAUGGUGAUUGAAGAGGUGAGCGUUCUGCAGACCCAGCUGGAGAUAGAGAAGUCCUGCAGAGAGAAUGCAGAAGCUCUGGCAACAAAGCUGAACUGUGAGAACAGGAAGCUGAAGUACCUGAGUCUGUCUUCUCGACCCUGUCUGGAUGAGCUGCUUCCGAGUAUCUCCGACUGCAUUGCCCUGGAGGAAGAGACAGAGCCACAGGAACCCAGUCCAGACCCCUACACCCAGUACCAGCAGCAGGUCAAAGACCUGCAGGAGACGGUGAACUCCCUGCUGGAGGAGAAGAAGCAGUUCGCCUGCCAGCUGCAGGACCAGCGGAGACAGAUCGAGGAGCUGAGCGCACGCAGUGAAAAGGAACAGGCAGAGAUGAAGGAGCUUUACAAAACCAUUGAUCAGCAAAGCAAGACCAUCAAGAGAUUCAACAGAGUGUCGGUGAUGGCGGCCCACGAGUACGAGGGACUGAGGGAGCAGCUGGACCUGGAGCAGAGCCUGAGGCAGAAAGCUGAGACCUACGCGCACGAGAUGCUGGUGAAACAGAAGGAGGCGAACCGGCAGAGCAUGAUCCUGCUGCAGAACGCCGACCCCAGUGUGCAGCUGCUCAAGGCCCUGGAGGACGUGGCCAACAUCACCAAGACCCUGGAGCAGGAGCGGCUGCAGCACCAGCAGAAGGUGCAGAGCCUGGAGGCAGAGCUGGCGGAGUGCGCCCUCCGGAGGCAGCUGGAGGAGGUGCGCAAGCAGCUGGAGCUCCUGGAGGAGGAGAAGCGUGAGGUGGAGGGCCGGCUGCAGGAGGCUGAGAGGAAUAACAGCAGCCUGGAGGGGCGAGUACAAGAGCUGCUGGCGGCGCAGAAGAGCACAGACGAGUCAGCAGGCCCAGCUCCUGGGACCGCCCCUCCCCCUGCUCCGCCGCCCCAGCCUCCUCCCCCGCCCCCUCCCCCUCCUCCCCCUCCCCCUCCUCCUCCCCCCUCGCGCUGCAACCCCCUCAGUUCCCUCAUUGCAAUAAUGAGAAAAACCUCCAAAGGCACUAAGGGGCCUCUAAAGGCUGAGCAGGCCCCUGAUGGUGGAGGUGUGGAUGAUGUGAAAGUGAAGGCCGUUAAUGAGAUGAUGGAGAGGAUCAAGCAUGGGGUGGUCCUGAGGCCCGUCAAGGGCCAAGACACCAAGAGAUUUGGCAUAAAGCACCCUCCAGUGGUUGAAGAGAAACCUCAGGAGAGCGCAAUGGAGGAACUGAAGGGCAUUCUGGAGACGGUGAAGAAGAGUCCCAGUCGGGGGUUCCCUGAGGCGCUGCCAGGGAAGAAGGACAGUGAACUGGAAGUGAUUCUGAGGAGGCGGCGUAAACAGGCCUGUGACCCCGGUUCAGGAGAUGAGAGGGAUGGUCAGAUCAGUAAGUUUUCUUCAUCGGAGAGCCUGAAUGCCCGGAACAGCUUCGACUCUGGCAAGGAGCCGGGCGGCUCCAGACACAGCUCCGACUCGGGCAAAGAGCCGGACGGGCCCAGAAGCUUCGGAAGCCCCGGCAGGGAGCCGGCCGUGCUCAGGCGCGGUUCAGACUCUGGAAGAGAGCCGGUCGUCGUGAUGAGGCGCAACUCUGAGAGAGAGCCCAGGGGGUCCUGGCAGGGGGGCAGCGCUCGCAGUUCCGUGUCCGAGAAAGGGGCCUGUGAGGUGGUCAUCAAUGGCUGCUGCGAUGGCGAGGAGGAGAAGCAGAAAUCAGCGAAGUGCACACGCUCAAAUGGAAUCAACCACACCGUGCUGCAGCAAGACAAGCACACCACCCUCACAACAGGGUCGCCAACAGGCCCCAACCCCCUGAAUGGCAGCAAUGACGCGGAGUGUUAACGGCAGUCCUGGGAGCAGUCACAAGGGGGCAGCAGAAAUGCGCAGUGCAGGAUAGGGCGGAAACGGCUGCACAAUUUGCACAGUAUCUUAAUUUGUUUUGUAAUUUUAGACACCUGACUUGAACAAGUUUUGUUUUGUUUUCUUUCUAGGUUUGAAUGCUCAGACCAUCUACUGGUGUGGGCUUCUGUCUGAUUAAGUGCAUCAUUGGUUUUAAUACAAUAUGAUAGUUUUGUGUUUCUCUCUUUAGUGAAAGGACUUUAGAAAAUAUGAACAGCUCAUUCUUUACAAAUAUACUUAUUCGCACUAUGUAUGCAACAGUUCCUGAAAUUUGAUUAUUAUUAUUAUUAUUAUUAUUAUUAUUAUUAUAUGAAACACUCAAAUAUUUGAAAUGGCCUUGAGUUCUGAUUUUAUACUAUAUAAUGUAUUAAUGCCUUCAUGAUGAUCCUGAAAUUUCUCAAAAAUGUAAUUGCUUUUUCUCCAAACUUACCAAAAAACAACAAUAAUCAUUAACUGAAAAGCUAUAAAUAAUAGCAAACAAAUCACACUUUAAGCAGGUCAAAAGUUGGACUCUUAUUAAAUCAAGUGUUAAGUAUUGCGCAUUCAAGCACUAUUUAGCAUUUAAGGUGGAAGACUCCAGUAUUUCAGUUAAGUGAACAUGCCGGUGUGUUGUGCUUGUUGUGUCAACAGAUGUCAAUAGAGUGGUGAUGCAAAUGAAAGCUAUGCAGGUGUUUGGUUAUUCUUGGACUUCCUUAAGGAAAUUAAGUGCUAGUAUACUCAGCCUACCUCCAAAUAGACACAUCCACCUCUUAACUAUCGUAAAUUGUAUGAAAUCAACAACUGUAAAAGGGUGACAGCUUGAGUGGAGAUUGCAACAGCUGAAAAUGUCUUCCACAUCCUACUUCUGAGGUGCUUGCACUGCGGUGGUCACUUUAUAUACACUAAGGGGCUUGAGUAUUUGAUGAGUUAUCACUCGCAGGAAGGUGCUACUACCAGUACAUCUCGGCUCAUUGUCAUCGUCAUUUUGGGAAUACCUGGAAGGUUUUCAAAGCCAGGGAGCUAGGGUUACAUCCAGUCCCCUUUGGGGGUCUUGGAUUGAUUAUUCCACACUGAAAUCCUGGUUCUAGUUUGCUGCAGUUGAGCAGAUAGUGUAAAACCACUUACUUUGAUACAUGAGUGUGUAGUUUUACUACGUGACCGAUUUCCCUCUAUGCCUCUGGGCUUGUGGAUCAAAGAAAGGCUGUUUGACAGAAAAAAAGGUUGUUUGAUCUCUUAUUCCAUUUUUGUACCAAACACUAAAGAAGCCAUUUGCAUACUGUGGAGUCAAAUGUACUUGCUUAUGCCAUUCUGAUCUGUGGACAGACUGAGUCAUACAUGUAUCAUGUUCUUGCUUACUGUAGAUCUGCCUUUAGAGUUACUGCUGCAAAAGUUAUUUGGACACUGAGUACAAUGGAUUGUCACAUCAGGUCAGCACUUCAGCAUAAUAAUACUUCAUAAUGCUUCCUGAACAUUUUCAGAAUGAAUACCCUCUUUUUACAAAGCUGUAAGGCUCCAUCAUAAUUGCAAGAUGUGGCAGGACUCACAAUGAAUGAUUGCGCUUUUAUCUCCCCCAACAGCCACACACUUUGCUAACACCGCUUCAAGUCCACAUUUUUUGUUGCCCUCUGAUAAUUCAGUAUGAGCACUGUAAAGUAACAAUCUGUAUGUGUGAAUUUACUUGUUCCUUGGCUAUGUGUGUAUGUCUGAGAUGUGAAAUUAAUAUGACAUCAUCACAAACUUGAGUUUAUAAACAUUUUCAUGGCUCUAGUAUUCAUGAAACAUUCUUUUUUUAAAUUGGAGGUAAUAAAAAUUGGCCAUUUAAAGUA